AACAGUGUCGUGUUUAUUGACAGCUAGGGAUCCAGUCCUUCUGUCAAACGUGCAAACCGGUAGGGGAGGGAUCUGUUGCAAGGUGCAACAACAGGUGUUCGAUAUGUUACCAUAUGGUUAGGUAAUUGUUACUAAAACUGAUAAUAAAUGCACUGCAAGUUAAUUGUUGAAUGGAAUGUGGUAAAAUCGAAUGUCACGGCAAGGAUUUCCGAAAGUAUUUGCUAGAGAUUAUAAAAUCUUGCCAACAUGUGCCCCUCUGAUAUGGAGUCAGCUGCAGGACCAUCAAAUGAAAGUCCAACAGAACGGACAGCAAUACGCUCUUUUAUACAAGAGCAACAUGACCAGCGGACUGAGGCCACGUGGCGCUGGACAUAUGGACUGCCUCGUAGGUACUUUGUUGCACUCAUGGCUUUCCUUGGUUUCUGCAAUGUUUAUGCUCUAAGAGUCAACAUGAGUGUAGCCAUAGUGGCCAUGUCUUCCAACAGAACAUCUGUGGAUCAGAAUGGAACAAUAACAUAUAGCCAAGAGUUCCCCUGGGACAGUGAAAUGCAAGGUCUUGUACUUGGAUCUUUCUUCUAUGGGUAUAUAGUGACCCAGCUACCAGGAGGAUGGCUAGCAACACGCAUCGGUGGUAAAAGACUUUUUGGGCUUGGACUUGCUGCUACUUCAUUCAUCACUCUCUUAACUCCUGCACUUGCACGUGGGAGUGUGUACCUACUUGUUCUUGGGAGAGUUAUUGAAGGUUUGUUUGAGGGUGUGACUUAUCCAUCAAUACAUGCAGUAUGGGCACGUUGGGCUCCCCCACUGGAACGUAGUCGCCUGGCAACUAUAGCCUUCUCUGGAAGCUAUUUUGGGACUGUCAUUGCAAUGCCAGCAGCUGGAGUCCUUGCCGAUCAUGUGGGAUGGCCAUCGAUCUUCUAUAUUUUUGGUUUGGUGGGUCUAUGUUGGUGCAUUGCAUGGGGUGCCUUUGUAACUGAGACACCACAGCAGGACAGAAGGAUUACUGAUGAAGAACUUGAUUACAUUCGGUCUUCUGUUGGCCCUCAGGCCAACCACAUAAAGGUGGACAUGGUGGUACCAUGGAAGCGUUUCCUGACAUCAUUACCAGUAUGGGCAAUAAUGAUUGCCCAUUUCAGUGAAAACUGGGGUUUCUACACACUACUUACAGAACUUCCAACCUUCAUGAAAGAGCAGCUGGGUUUUGAUCUACAGUCUGCUGGUCUCCUGGGAUCACUACCAUACUUGGUCAUGGGCACUGUCGUGCAAGGUGGGGGCUGCCUCGCCGAUUGGCUGCGAGCAGGUGGUCAGCUGACAACCACACAAGUACGCAAGCUGCUUAACUGCGGUGCGUUCUCAUGCCAAACGCUUUUCCUGGUGGCUGCUGCACAUGCCACAACUCCUGCUACUGUUGUUGCCUGCCUCACUGGUGCUGUAGGAUUUGGUGGAUUUGCUUGGGCUGGAUUUAGUGUGAAUCACCUUGACUUGGCACCACAGUUUGCAAGCAUUUUGAUGGGAAUGAGCAAUACUGUUGCCACUUUGCCAGGGAUGAUCAGCCCACUCCUCACAGGAACCCUGGUUCAGCAUAAGACACAACAAGAAUGGCAGUCAGUAUUCCACAUAGCAGCUGCUGUGUAUCUCCUUGGUGCUCUUUUUUAUGGCUUGUUUGCCUCUGGAGAACGGCAACGAUGGGCAGAAGAGCAGGAAACAAUUGCACUGUGUCCUGAUGGAGAUGAGCGUUCCCAUGCGUCGACAGAGGACUUGCCAUUUGGCACAGGGUCCUGCCAAUAAUGGAUAACAUUUGUGGGAUGGAUACAAGCUCCUGCAGUUGCACACACAGUAAUCUCAUACGGAUUAACCACACUUUCAGUUUUUCACAUCUGAAGCAAAUGAAACAUGGUGUUGUUUCAUAGUUAGUAUUGCGUUAUAUUUUAUUCAUGGUGUCAGCAAGCAGCCCACUGUCUGGCAUCAUGAAGAAAUACAGCUAUUAAAAGCCUAAAUACUGAUAAGUUCAAAAUAAAUAAGCUGCUUGCACAUAAUAUAGCUUCCUGGAAAAAAAAAAAAAAAUUUAAAUACGAUGUAGUUGAUCAUGACUUGCAAGUGAUCAAUAUUUUAAGAACUAAUGAUUUUCGUCAGAAAUGUUUCCUUCCAACAAUCUUCCAGUCAUAUAUUAUCCUACUUAAUAACAUUUAAAUUAUAAGAACAAGCUGAACCAUGAGCAGUGACAUAAUGGGUCCAGAUAAUCAUGUAUUUUUAACAUACAUUAAUCUCACUCUGGAAGUCUUUCUUCAAAAUCUUUUAGAUUUAAUCCACCAGAAAUACUUGUAGAAUCUCAUUUUCUUGAAACAAUAUGCCACAUCUAUCGUGGCUAAAAAUGAAGCAAAAGGACAAUGGAGUUGGUAUGAUCAUUCAGACAUUGUCAGUUGCUAGCAUAUUGUUACAAUAAAAAUGGUCAUAAGAAAAAUAAUCACCAGUUGCCUUGUAGAUGUAAUCUGAAGUAGGAACAUUAUAAAGGACAUAACUCAUUUCCUUUCCUCUUUUGGUCUUUCCAUCUCCAGUGACCUCAUGUUCUGGAGGACUGCAGUUCAAAUCCCUGUUGAAACAUCCAUGUGCAGGUUCUCUGCGGUUUUUCUUAAUUAUGUAAGGCAAAUGUUUAGAUGUUUCCUUUGCAAAUGACAAAGCUAGUUUUUCUCCAAUCCAUCUGCAGCUCAUGAUCUAGUGGCUAGUGUUGCUGUCUCUGGAUCACGGGGUUCCGGGUUCGAUUCCCAGUCAGGUUGGGGGUUUUCUCUGCCCAGGGACUGGUUGUUUGUGUUGUCCUCAUCAUUUCAUUAUCAUUAUUCAUGUCAAUAGCUAGAUUGCACUGUGUACAAAUUGGACUGUGUAAAAAUUGGGACUUUGUAUGGGCACUGAUGGCCGUGCAGUUGAGCGCUCCACAAACCAAUCAUCAUCAUCAUUUCUCCAAUCCAAGCUUGUGAUUCUCUUUUAAUGACCUCAACAUUGAUGGGACAUGAAAAACUCAAAUAUUCCUUCCUUCCUUCAUUCAUUUGUUCAUGAUCUGAAGAGAAAGUAUGGUUGUGUUAAAUACCUUUGACAUAACAGAAACAGACAUUACACGAGUAAUUAUGGUGUGGUCCAUAGGGCCAGAAAGGGACAAUAAAUGGCUGAUUAUGGUGUGAUCCAUUUGAAUGACCAUGAAAAGACAGGAGAUGUAAAGCAAUCAAUGGUAAUGUGAAUUGAAGCAUGCGAAGUAAUGAGAACAAACAUUGUUAGAGGAAUAGAACAGUACACAUGGAAAAAUUACAUUGGUAACAAAGUGGCAGCUGACACAUCUAUUUGUUACAUUUUAUUCUGUAAAAGAAACAGUAUGUAGGAAAUAUUUUAAGUCCUUGCAGGCAGAGCUGAGUCUUAUAAUUACUGCUUCAUCUCCCUCAGAUUUCCCCAGUGACUGGGAUCUCUCUCACAAAACCAUCUUAGCAUUCAGGGAAAACUUGGAAAGUGUAAAUGAGCUAUGGCAGUCAUAUAUAUAACAACAGAUGUUCUUACAAGUGCAUUUUGUGUUCCACUGUUGCAGUUCCUCACUUAACGCUGGCAUUGUGUUGAAGAGCAAGUAUUAAGCUUUCUUUUUAUUUUGAAUCUACUUUCCCUGUUUCAUUUGGCUGGAAAUCAAUAACCAUAUUUAAUUAAGAUUUACAAGUGACAUUACAUUUUAAAAAGGUAUUUUGUAACUCAGCUUCUGUUGUUUUCUGUUUGUUAUUAAAGAUAGAUGGCUAGAAGAAUGAAGUCCAGAUUACAGUCUUGGUUUUGGCAUAAUGUGUUUUAUGCUAUACUACAAGCUCACAGGACUCAAUAAAAUGUAAAAUGCUGACAUCCAACCAAUCCCAAAUUAAUUAUGUACUGACUGCUGGUAUGAAAUAGAGGCACAUCACCUCCAGAACAUCGAAGCACUGGAUCAUGUUUAUCAUUUAAGUAAAGCUUGUGAAUGCUGUAUUAUUAUUCCUUCCCUUGCAUUUGUGAACUACAUGUUACAGUAAGAGACAGUUUUUUUCAGUAAGACUGAUUUUUUUUAGGUUGUUUAUUUAGUGGCCAAUUAAAUAUGAAGACUGGGGUGUAUGCAAAAAUGUGACUAUUAUUUCGUAUAUAAUAUUCUUUAAAAAAUUCCAUGCAAUUUUUCCAUUUCCACCAUUAAAUCUUGCCAUAGCAUUAUUAUUCGGUACUCAUAUUUUACAUACCUUGUUCAUUUUGAAAGUCUAUUUGAAACAUCAUCAAUGAUGUUACACAUUGUAGGCUGUACAGAUAUUGUGUCCACACGUAUUUACUGUAGCUCCAGCUCCUUAGCUCCAAGUUGUCUCUGCAAUAUUGGCAACAAAUGAAGUAGAAUGUUUCGCUCCAUUUCUUAGUUUAAGUGCCCUUUCACUGGAGGAAUCUAGAUCCCUAUCAUGGAUGUCAGGGUGUUUUCCUAUUUACAGAACAGAACUGAUGAAAUAGAGUGGCAUUCUAAAUGGUACCAUACCACACCAUUCAGCCUGGUCAUGGUGUUUAUCACAGUUGCCAAAGCUUACCACAAUCAGCAAAUUCAGGUAAUGAAGUCAGGGAUUGUAGACAAUGUGUGUAAAUAGUUCGAAAUAGAUUCUGGCUGUUGGGUGCAUCAGGAAUUCUUUACACUGUGCUUUGCAGUUGGUAAUGUUUGUGUUGUAAAAGCAAAUACUGGGAAGAAGUGCAACCACAAGUGAGAGAUGAGGUGCUAAAACAUAAUAUUUCUAGUCAUAUGAACAUGAAAAUCGCACAGUAGCACAAUGUUUAAUGCCGUAGAACUUCCUCUUUAGUUGUCUGCUGUACUUGGUUCUAAUUUAUGGACAAAAUUGUUUCACAGCUUCAUGUGUGAUUUUUUUUUUUUUUCCGCCAUUGAGUAAGAAUAAUAUGGAAAGGAUUGAUUGAUAGUCACCACAUAGAAGAGGCAUUGAUUUGCAGACAGGCACAAUGCGGAAGGCUACCGAGAUAUUAACACUUUGCCGUAUGGCGACACCACAGUGGCGUUGUGCUCGAAAUAGCGGUCAACAGUGCAUAGUAUCACUCAGUGGUUGGUGGCAGCACUUUAGUAUCUUUGGCAUUCUGUUGGUGUUUUGUUUAGUUAACAAUAAGUUACACAUGUCAACAAGUUUUUGUUUUGUUUUUAUAAGUAUUUGUGCCCUUUCAUCAUGACAGAUGAAAGAGAUGAUACGAUCAUUUACACAAUGAAUGCGCGGAUAUCUUGUCUGACCUUCCGGACAACUUGUCCAAUUUGGAAGAAGACAUUGGAUGUAAAAAAAAUGAAAGUGAAAUGGAAUCAUUGGAAGAUAGUGAAUUACGUCCAAGAAGAAUUCUGCGAAUGCUACAGUUGCCAACUGAUUCGGAUGAAUCAGAUGAAGAAGACAGUGCACAGUGGUCAGACUUUGAUUUACCAAAGACCAAUAAUAAAUUUACUGAGGACCAAUAACGUAUUUCCCAAAGAUACACAGAGCGUCAAGAAUAUCGUAGAAUUAUAUAUUGGGAACCAUCUAUCUGAAUAUAUCAGCAAUGAAACCAACAAGUACUACAGUCUAAACUGCAAUGAAGGAAACUGGAUUUUAAAAAAUGCCAAUUUGUCGAUGUUACGGGACCCAAACUUAGAAAAUUGUUUGGGCUUGUUGUCCUUACAGGAACUGUAAAAAAAUCAAGGAGCAAAGGUUAUUUGUCGAUGAGUCCACUGAUAGACACGCCAAUAUUUUGCAAAAUAAUGUCCCGCAACUGGUUCAGCCAAAUAUUAUCAUUUUUACAUUUUUCUAACUACAGCAAUAAACCGGAUAAUGCCGACUGGCUUUUGAAAGUGCAAUUCAUAAUUGAUUAUUUUUCCAAAAAGUUUAAAUUAACUUGUAAUCUAAGUGUCAAAACAUCUCAAUUGAUGAAGGAAUGAUACCGUGGCAUGGGCAAUUAAAUUUUGAAGUUUACAAUCUGUUGAAAACUAUGAAAUAUGGCAAACUCAUUCGGAUGCUGUGCGAUUCGAGUAAGAGAUACGUUUCCACAUUCAAGAUAUAUUCUGGUGCUGGACAGCCUUCUUAUGGAAAGUGGCAACGCCUUUAUAUGGAUAAAAAAAAAAGUGUGAAAUCUUAUGGGACUUAACUGCUAAGGUCAUCAGUCCCUAAGCUUACACUCUACUUAACCUAAAUUAUCCUAAGGACACACACACACACACACACACACACACACACACACACACACACACACGCCCGAGGGAGGACUCGAACCUCCAUCGGGACCAGCCGCACAGUCCAUGACUGCAGCGCCUUAGACCGCUCGUCUAAUCCCGCGUGGCCUACAUGGAUAAUUACUAUAAUAGUGUAGAACUUGCAGAGAAGUUAUCUGAAAAUAAAAUUCAAUUUCGUGGAAUGAUACGGCAAUAUAGAGAAUUUCCGGAAAAAUUAAAGCACGCAAAUGUCAAUGUGUUUGAAGCUUGUCAUCAACAAAAAGAUGAAGUACUCACACAGGUAUGGAGAGCUUUGAAAACUAAAACGGUAUGAACGUUGUAUGCAGUACAUAAUGCCACUUUGACUGACACUCAAAGAAAAUGCAGAAAAACCAAUUACACAUUAAAAAAAACCUGAAAGUGUACUAGACUACAACAAAUACAUGAAAGGAGUGAAUCGGGCAGACCAAUAUUUGAGUUAUUACCUUUUAUACAGAAAAACUAUAAAAAUGGUCAAAAAUGUUUUGUAUAUACCUCUUUAAUUGCAAAUUAUUUAAUGCAUUCUGUACACAUCAAUAUUUCAGUACUUAUUGAAAGUGUCUGAUUCGUGGAUAAAAGACCAUGUACCUGCUUCUGAGCAAAACUUGGAGGUUGCCACUACAUAACAUAUGUCUCAUCAUGAUCUGGUUGACAGACUUUCCGGUCACAUAAAGAAACACUAGCUAAUACUUAUUUCCGAAACAAGUAAACAAAAAUGAAGAAAUUGCCAUGUACAUUCAAAAAUAAAAAAAAGAACAACAAACUUAAUGUGCAAGGCUGCUAGAGUUGUGUUACAUCUUGGAGACUGUUUUUCUGCAUAUCAUAUGAAAGAGAAAUACGAAGUACUAAAGACAGUGCAAAUAAAUAAAUAUAUGAAACAAACAAAUUUUGUAUUUAUUUAAGUAUGUAUAUCUUCGAAAUUUCAUGAAAGUAGGGGAACAUGAUUGAGAGCUUAUGAGAACUAACGAUGGGAUUAGUAAAACUUAACAAUUUAUAAUCUCCCAAUAAUGUCAAGAACGGCCGGUGUCAAGCCAAGUAAUUGGAAUCACCACUAUCAGCACCAAGUGAAUAGAUUUGUAUAAGAUGUGCGGAUGGCAAAGUGCUAAACUUUCAGACAAGUUCUUCUUCCGAACUUUCCCUCAGUUACCCGCAUUUCCUGCCAACUGUCCAGUGUCUGAAUUCUUAUAUGCUUCCAUUGCUGCUUCAGAAUCCCCUUCUUGCUGCCUGCCCCCCUUUUGUCUCAUUCCUCUCUCUUUGUCCAUUUUAUUCUCCCCUCUCUCAGUUUUCUAUAUUCUUCAUAAUCUUUUCUGCUGUCCUUUAUUUUUUCAAGUGUUUGAAAACUCUUCAUGGCAACAUGAUCAAGUCAGGUUAAUUCUAUUUCAUGCAUAGAAAACAUGUAAGUUGUGUUGAGCACACCCUAUAUAGAGUUGUUGAUUUAGUUUUUAAUGUAAAAAAAAAAAAAAAAAAGGAAAAACCAACACAAAA